UCCAAUGAAAGACGGUGACAAUGGCUAUCAAGUGUCCGGAAAAAGUCUACGAGAGAGAAGCAGUACAUUUCUCCGUUGAAGUGAUGAAAGCUCAUUUUUUUCACCCACUCUAUAUGGAAAUUUCUACCAUUUCCGUUACCCUCCUUUCUCAUCUUCCCUUUCUCGUCGCCGGCACUCCCGAUUCCCGAGAUAGCCACUGUUUCGAUUCCAAAGAUUACUACACAAGUACAAGCACCUUCCAAACAAACCUUAAUAUCCUUCUUUCACAGCUCACUUCCGACGCAAAAAUCAACAGCUAUCACUUGAUCAAUAUCUCUCACGGCCUAAAUCCUGACCGAGUUAAUGCGAUUGGGCUGUGCAGAGGUGGGGUUACGCAAGACGAAUGCCGUAGUUGCCUCAGGAAUGCCUCAAUUCUUCUCCCAAAGUUGUGUCCAAAUCCGAAGGAAGCUACGAUACUCAAAUUGUUCAAUAUCAGAGGCGUUGGAAUCUGAUUCUCUGCUCCAUUUGGUAUCGCAUUACCUCUUCUAUGAUCCUGUAACUGAUGGUUCGCCAAAACCUUCUUCUCCGUCGUCAACCUCACAAGGAAAGAACAAGACAUUAAUAACAGUUGUCGCUAUAGUUGUGCCUUUUCUUGCCUCUAUCGUGCUGCUUUAUAUCGUUUGGGUCUUUGUAAGAGAAAGAAUGAACCGAAGAAGACAUACUCAAAGCGAAUCUGAAGUUAACAAUGCCAUUGAACUUGCUGAGUCAAUACAAUGUGCAUUUGAGACCAUCGAAGCUGCUACUGAUAACUUCUCGGAUGAAAACAAGCUUGGACAAGGUGGAUUUGGACAUGUUUACAAGGGUAGGCUCUCCAAUGGACAAGACAUUGCAGUAAAAAGAUUGUCUACGAAUUCUGGGCAAGGACAUAUUGAGUUCAAGAAUGAAGUGUUAUUAAUGGCCCAACUUCAGCAUGGAAAUUUAGUAAGACUCGUUGGUUUUUGCUUAACACAAAAUGAACGGCUAUUAAUUUAUGAGUUUCUUCCUAAUAGAAGUCUUGACUACUUCAUAUUUGAUCCUUCUAAACGUUCACAAUUAGAUUGGGAAACUCGCUUCAAAAUAAUAGAAGGCAUUGCUCGAGGUCUUCUUUACCUUCAUGAAGAAUCUCAACAACGGAUUAUUCAUCGUGAUCUCAAGCCAAGUAACAUUCUCUUAGAUCUAGAGAUGAAUCCUAAAAUAUCUGAUUUUGGCAUGGCACGACUAUUUGCUUCAGAUCACACUCAAGUCAAUACAAAUAGAAUAGUAGGAACACGUGGAUACAUGGCACCAGAAUAUGCAAGAUACGGACAAUUCUCAGUAAAAUCAGAUGUCUUUAGUUAUGGUGUAUUGAUUCUAGAGAUAAUAAGUGGCCAAAAGAAUUGUAGCUUUCGCUGCAAAGAAAAUGUGGAGCAUCUACUAAGUUUUGCAUGGAAAAGCUGGAUGAGAGACACUGCCUUUGAUAUUGUAGACUCCACAUUAAAAGAUGGUUCAAGAAACGAAAUAAUGAGAUGCAUUCACAUUGGCUUACUUUGUGUCCAAGAAAAGGCUUCUUGUAGACCAACCAUGGCUUCCAUUGUUCUUAUGCUUAACAGCAACUCUUUUUGUCUUCCAUUUCCCAUGCAACCUGCAUUUUUUAUUAAUCACAGAAGCUUCCCAUCAGAUGUCCAACAUGUGGAGUAUGGUUUUCGUUCAACAAGCUCAGAAAAGCAAGGAAGCAAAUAUGAUGAGACACUAUCAGCAAAUGAGGUCUCCAUAACUGAUCUAUACCCUCGAUGAGGAUGUAGCAAUUGUUAUCAGAGAUACUGAAAAGUCAGAUCUGGAUAUAUUUAUUCAGGAUAUGGAUUUAUUUUUUUUCAUAUCUUUGGGAAAUCUUUCUACAAUCGGAUAUAUGUUUUUUUGUUUUUUGUUUUAUACAAUUGAAUAUAUGUAAGAAGGAUUUUGUUUAUCUGAUUAUAACAAAUUUUAUCAAAAGGUUUCAAUAAUCUAGUUCAUGUUAA